AUGAAUGAAGAGCUUGAGAAGAAAGAGCCUUCAACUGAAAAGGUAAGACAUAAAUACGAUAUGUCUAAAAUACUGGAAAUUGACCCUCCUUUUCCUAGCAGGAUGGCUAAAGCAUGGAAAGAGGAAUCUGAGAAGGAAAUUUUGGAUACAUUUCAAAAAGUUGAGAUCAACAUCCUUUUGCUUGAUGCGAUUAAGCAGUUACUGAAAUACGCAAAAUUUUUGGAGGGAUUGUCCACUAAUCGGAACAAACUUAGUAAUGAUGACAAAAUAAGGGUUGGCAAGAAUGUGUCAGUUGUGCUCCAAUGGAAGUUGUCUCAAAAGUUCAAGGAUCCAGAUAUGUUCACAAUACCAUGCAUUAUAGGCAACAAAAAAAAAGAAAGAGCUAUGCUUGAUUUAGGAGCAUCCAUUAAUGUUAUGCCUUUAUUAAUAUUUAAAGUCUUAAAUUUAGGACCUUUUAAGGAUACAAGGGUAAUAAUUCAACUACCUGAUAGGUCUAAUAUUUAUCCUGAAAGCCUAGUUGAGGAUGUUCUAGUGAAAGUUAAUGAACUUAUUUUUCCUGCUGAUUUUUACAUUGUUGACAUAUAUGAUGACUAUUCUAUCAAUUUAACUUUAAUUCUCUUGGGUAGACCAUUCAUGAGUACUGCUAGAACAAAAAUCGAUGUGCAUGAAGGUACUUUAUAUGUAGAGUUUGAUGGAGAUAUAGUUACUUUCAAUGUUUUUUAUGCAAUGAGAUAUCCAGAGGACAUUGAGUGUGUUAAUUAUGUUUGUAUUACUAAUUCCAUUGUGCAAGCUAACUUUGAGCUGACUUUUAUGGAAGACAAGUUGAAAUUUGUGUUACAGCAUAGCAAAACAGAAGUGAAAGUAGAACAUCAGGACGAGGAAGCUAUAUGA